AUGUCUAAGCGUAGUCAUAUCGUUACACGAAGUCAACCGUCGUCAGUCUCUGUGCCACCGAAUGAACCAUAUUACAAUCAAAAUCGGGAUACACAAUUUUAUAGUCAAAACUCUCAACAAAUACAACGUCGACAGUCGUCUAAUCAAUGGUCAAAUAAUUACUGUUAUACGCCUGAUGGUAGCGCCUCUGCAUUAGCCUUAAUAAAACCAUCACCAUUGACUUUUAUUACGGCGCCCGUCAAUGGCAUUCGAAUCAAAUGUAUGCUGGAUACAGGUGCCACCAACACGUUUAUUAAUAAAUCAAUAUUAGAUAAACUCAGGCAUAAACCGAUUCGAAAAGUUAUGAAUAGUUUCAUCUUGGCUGACGGUGGAACGCGUAUCAAGAUCAAUGGAGCGGUUGAAAUAUAUAUUAAAACUGGAUAUAUAACAACAAAAAUUACGGCAUUAGUAUCAUCUACAUUAUGUGUGGGAUGUAUUUUAGUUAAGGAUUGGAUUGAGCGUUAUAGAGUAGAUGUUUCGGAAUAUGAUAGGAAGGUGACAGUGCACAUGAAUAAAUCAACGGCAUCAAUUAAAAUGGAUGAUGAUACGGAUAAACAUGUAUUUGCAGUGAGAGCGGCUAGUUCGAUUAUAUUAGAACCACAAUGUGAGCGAAUUAUUAAAGUGAUUAUGCCAGUGUCGAUAGCGAAGGCUGCACUGUUUCAACCGAAAAGGACUUUCCAAGAAGAAAAAUUAGUUGUCAUGCCGCAUGCAUUGUUGUCGAUUGAAAAUUAUACGUCCUAUAUAACUAUUGCUAAUCCAACAAAUAAACGCUGCCUGAUACCAUAUAAUACAAGAUUAGGAGUAGUGUCAAUUCAAACAGCUGAACUUCACUGUUAUGCUAUUAAUCCAGAAACGAGUAUGAACCGAGAUAAUACGUCUGAUGCUAUGCCUAGGCAGCUGAAUGAGCCAGAACCGCAAUAUAUGCAUCAACUGAACGUCGGGUCAUGUUUCAGCAUCAGUAAAGCAACAAUUCUUCAACACUUGAAAGAUGUGUUUAAGCAGAUGGUGGAACAUAUAGAGGAUCAAGAAGAGAAGCAUGAAGUUACUACCAUGUUACAUAAGUAUUAUAAAAUCUUUGAUACAACAAAAUUAAAUAUUUCUAAUUUAAAAGCACCACCAAUGAUCAAUACAGGUGACAAUCCACCGAUUAGUUCAAGGGCGUAUCGUACUGAUCAACACCGAGGACAACUUAUAUCCAGGACAGUUAACGAAAUGGUACAAGCUGGUCAAGUUAAACGAUCAUACUCAUCGUGGUCGGAACAUAUUCAUCAUAUCGAAGAACUGUAUUUAAUAUUAGAGCAUGCUAAACUGACAUUAAACCCACCAAAAUGCUCCAUUGUACAAACGGAAAUCAGUUACUUAGGUCAUACGAUCAACAGAUAUGGGGUGAAACCUCUUGCCGAAAAUGUCGAAGCGAUCGUCAAGAUUAAAAUGCCGACUUCAGCUAAGGACGUCCAUUCCUUUGUGCAAGCAGCCAAUUACUACCGCGACCAUAUUCCAAAUUUUGCCAAGAUAGCUGCACCGUUGUAUAAAUUCACCAAGAAAAACGCUCAAUUUCAUCCUGGUGUAUGGACGGACAAAGAAAAACAAGCAUUUAACGAUCUGAAAAUAGCACUAACAACAUCACCGUUAAUGCUCGACUUUCCAGAUGAAUCAUCAAUGGUAUUGUCGACAGAUGCAUCUGGUAUCGGCAUGGAUGGUGUGCUCCGUCAAAUGACACCAGAUGGUCCAAAGGUCAUAAAAUAUUUAUCGAAGAAGUUUAACCAUGCUCAAACAAGAUAUUCAACAACAGAGAAGGAAUGCUUAGGCAUGGUAUGGUGCAUUAAUAAGUUGAAAGAAUAUUUAUGGGGCAGAUCGUAUAAGAAGGGAAAAUGCAAUUGCGACGCUGAUUUAUUAUCAAGAUACCCUGUUGUUUCGUCAGACGAAGAAGAAAAUGUGCAAAGUCAACAGACAUCGUCAUCACAACACCAUGGAUUAACGACAAGAAAAUUUCAACAAGACGAGAUUCAAAUCAAUGCCGUUGCACGAUCGAAACUACGAUCAUUACGUUCAUUAACAUCAAACAUACCAACGUCUUCGAAUUCUACUCCCACCAGAAAUGUUGUUACAAUCCCAUCAUCGAACGUUAUCCAAACAAGAUCAAGAACGAAGAAGAACUCGCCUGGCAUUAGGCCUGAUGAGUUGACUACGACAUCAUUAAAUUCGCCCUUACAAGAUUCACCUAUUUUUUCGACACCCAGAACUUCCACAACAGUAACAAGUAGAGCACCGUUGAUUGAUUUUAGUCUUAUAAGAAUCAGGAACGAACAACAGCAUGAUCAAGUUAUUACUCAUGAAAUUAAACAAAUUCUGCACAUUCCGAGUAGGCAUUCGUCAGACAUCGUACAAGAUGGCAUGCUGUAUACUGCAGUAAAGAUCAAACUACCAUGGAUUUCCAUCAUCCUUGCGACUGGAAAUAUUAUUCGCAUAUCAUGA